AUGCCACAACUCAACCCCGCACCAUGAUUCUCGAUCAUAGUUAUAACCUGACUAACCCUAGCACUUCUAAUUCAACCAAAACUGCUAGCCUUCAUCACAACAAACCCCCCAUCAAGUAAAACCUCACUCACCACCAAGCCCACACCAUGACCCUGACCAUGAACCUAA